AUGUCCGUCCGGUGCGGCUCGAUCGCGGCCCCUAUCGCGGCCCACGUCGUAGCGCGCCGGUCGGUUCACGCGCGUAAGGGCCGCGUGGUUCGCACGCACGGCGAGCGUCGCCCCGAGCGCGCCGGGCGACCCGCCACCACCGCCGCCCACCCAGCGCACACCAAGCGCGGCUCCCUCGCCGCGGUCGCGCGGGCCAUGGCGGGCAACGCCAGCCCCACCGGCUACUCCGUCGACGGCAUGGGCUGCGCCGCCGUCGACGAGCAGCUCCUCGAGCACGAGGGCCACCUGAAGUACCGCUGGGAGAAGUUCAUGGAGACGAAGGGACGCAUCGAGGAGGCGGAGGGAUCCCUCGAGGAGUUCUCCAAGGGGUACCUCAAGUUCGGCUUCAACAAGACCCCGUCCGGCGAGAUCACGUACCGCGAGUGGGCGCCCGCCGCGUGCUCCGCGUUCCUCAUCGGCGACUUCAACGAGUGGUCCCCGGACUCGCACCCGAUGAAGAAGGACGACUUCGGCGUCUGGGAGAUCACCCUGCCCGCGGGGACCAUCAAGCACGGCACGCGCGUCAAGAUCAAGAUGCGAAAGUCCGAUCAAGGGUGGGUCGACCGCAUCCCCGCGUGGAUAACCUACGCCACGCAGGAGCCCCAGCUCGGCGCGCACUACGACGGCGUGUACUGGGAUCCCCCGGCGGGCGAGAAGUACGUCCGCCAGAACCCCCGGCCGCCCAGACCCGCCGCGUCGCGCAUCUACGAGGCUCACGUGGGCAUGAGCGGCGAGGAUCCCAAGGUUAACACCUACCGCGAGUUCGCCGACGAUAUCCUGCCCAGGAUCAAGGCUGGCGGCUACAACACCGUGCAGCUGAUGGCGGUGAUGGAGCACGCGUACUACGGCUCUUUCGGCUACCACGUCACCAACCCCUUCGCCGUGUCGUCGCGAUGCGGCAACCCCGAGGAUCUCAAGUACCUCGUCGACAAGGCUCACGGGAUGGGCAUCCGAUGUCUGCUGGACGUGGUGCACUGCCACGUGUCGUGCAACAUCGAGGACGGCAUCGCCGGGUACGAUUUCGGGCAGCACACCGAGUCGUCCUACUUUGGAACCGGCGACGCGGGGUACCACUGGCUGUGGGACUCCCGUCUCUACAACUACGGCAACUGGGAGGUUCAGAGGUACCUCCUGUCCAACUUGCGGUACUGGGUGGACGAGUACGGGUUUGACGGCUUCCGCUUCGACGGCGUCACCUCCAUGCUCUACAACCACCACGGCCUCGAGAUGGAGUUCUCAGGCGACUACAAGCAGUACUUCGGGAUGGAGACGAACGUCGCCGCGGUCAACUACCUCAUGAUGGCCAACGAUAUGCUCCACGAGUGCUACCCCGGCAUCGAGGUCAUCGCCGAGGACGUCUCGGGGAUGCCCACGCUGUGCAGGCCGGUCAAGGAGGGCGGCGUGGGCUUCGACGCGAGGCUCGCGAUGGCGAUCCCCGACCUGUGGGUCCGAAUCCUCAAGUCUUCUCGCGAGGGUAAACUGAAAGACGAGGACUGGAGCAUGCACGAGAUCAUCGCGACGUUGUGCAACCGCCGAUACACCGAGAAGUGCAUCGGCUAUUCCGAGUCGCACGAUCAGUCCAUCGUCGGCGAUAAGACCGUCGCGUUCUGGCUCAUGGACGCCGAAAUGUACGACGGCAUGAGCACGUUCGAGCCCCCGACCGACGUGGUCGCCCGAGGCAUGGCACUGCACAAGAUGAUCCGGAUGAUCACCAUGGCGAUUGGCGGCGAGGGGUACCUCAACUUCAUGGGGAACGAGUUUGGCCAUCCGGAGUGGGUCGACUUCCCGCGCGAGGGCAACAAGUGGAAGCACGACCACUGCAGGCGGCAGUGGACCCUGGCGGACACCGAGCACCUCCGGUACUUUGAGCUCAACAACUUCGACAAGGCUCUGCAGGAUCUCGAGGAGAAGUACUCGUUCAUGUCGCACGAACACCAGUUUGUGUCGAUGGCUUGCGAGGAGCGCAAGGUCAUCGUCGCCGAGCGCGGUCCCCUCCUCUUCGUCUUCAACUUCCACCCCACGGAGAGCUACGAGGGCCUCGAGGUUGGCCUCGGCAUGCCCGGCAAGUACCGCAUCUGCCUCGACACGGACGCGUGGAACUUUGGCGGCGCCGGCCGGGUGGGCCACGACGAGGACCACUUCACCUCCCCCGGGGGACCGAAGACCUUUGUCGGGCCCUACGAACAGGAACCCAGGCCGUGUUCGCUCAAGGUGCUGUCGCCGAGCAGGUCAGCGCAGGUCUUCUACAAGGUUCCCGAGGACGACAUCGACAUGAGCCUGUCGUCCGCGGGGGAGAACGUUCACAACCUCCGCCAGCCCGGCGGCCUCAGGGUCGAACCCAUCGGAUCCGUGCCCCCGCCGCGGUCCAACGCCCCUCCCCCGCCGCCGCCCCCGCCGCCCCCGCCCCCUCCCCCGCCGACGCCCGCCUCCAACGCCGUCGGCAGGGCGCAGCGGGACGGGAUCAUCUACGAUCCCGAUCAGUGGGACCCGGAGAACGCGUCGCGGGGCCGAGCGGCUCCGAGCCAGUCGGGCUCGUUUGGGUCGAGCCAAUCGUUCGGCCACCCGGUGCCCCCGCCGCGGGGCCGGUUCGAGCCCGUCGCCGCCGGUAACAGCGGCUUCGAGGACACGGUGCCGUCCGCCAAGAACAUGGCGGCCACCCCCGUCGGCGCACCCACGCACGUCGCGAAGAAGCAGCUGAUGCACGAUCCGGACCAGUACGACCCCGAGAACGCGGCGCGGGGGAAGUCGCGAGCCGUGGCGGCUGCCCCGAGGCCGGCGAGCAACGGCGCGUCGUCGUCGUCGUCGUCGUACGCGGGAUACGGCAAGGCUGCGGCGCCGGUGCGCGUGACGCGCGGCAAGGACGGCGUCAUCUACGACCCGGACCAGUACGAUCCCAACCCGUGAUGAAGAAGAAAAGGGUUUGUCCCAGGGUCAUGAGAUCGGGUCGGGGGUACACCGCUAUUCGGUUCACGCGUGUGGGUGCGCGGGGAGGCCUCUAUAGCGACGUUUCGGGGGCGAGUUGAAGGUGCGAGUUGGCGAAAGAUCGGAGCCACUCUUUUUAUUCCGCGGGGCGCGCGUCUCAUCGGACGGCGAGCGCGCCGCGAGCACUACAUAUCAUAUCACAUCACAUCACAUCACUCACUCGCUCAACCGUCUAUGGGCGGGACCCACGCUCGCUCUCACUUUUUCCACGCGUCGAUCCAGGCCUGAGCCUCCUUGGCGCGACCCUCGGGGGUGUCCGCGCCGCCGCCCGACUUUUUCCACGCGUCGAUCCAUCCCUGCGCCUCCUUGGCCUUGUCCUCGAAGCCCGCGGCGCCCCCGCCCCGAGACCAAUCGUCGAUCCAGCGCUGCGCAUCCGCCGCGUUAGCCGCGGCGUCGGAGGCUCCCGCGGGUGCCGUCGGUGCUGCCGGUUUGGACGCGGGGGCGACCGGCUUGGGCUUUGACGCGGUGUCCGCGGUGAAGUCCUUGUCGGAGGUGGUGGAGAGGAGGAGGCCGGUAGCGACGACGCCGACGAGGAUGCCGGUGUUUACGCCGGUGAGAUCCUUGGAGGACUUGGUCCCCUCCUUGGGCGGGGGCGGGGUCGCCGCGGGCGGGGGCGGGGGCUUGGGCGCCGCGGGCUUGGGCGCCGGGGGAGGGGUCGGGGUCGCCUU